CGCCGCCGCCGCGGUUCACGUGGUUGGCCUGGGGCUGAGGAGGCGCCAAGAUGCCGCAGUCCAAGUCUCAGAAGAUCGCGACUGGCUACCGGUCUGUGGGGAAAUCCUCGUUGACGAUUCAGUUUGUUGAAGGCCAAUUUGUUGACUCCUAUGACCCAACCAUAGAGAACACUUUCACAAAAUUGAUCACAGUAAAUGGACAAGAAUAUCAUCUUCAACUUGUAGACACAGCUGGGCAAGAUGAAUAUUCCAUCUUUCCCCAGACGUACUCCAUAGAUAUUAAUGGUUAUAUUCUCGUGUAUUCUGUGACAUCGAUCAAAAGUUUUGAGGUGAUUAAAGUUAUCCAUGGCAAGUUGCUGGACAUGGUGGGGAAAGUGCAAAUACCUAUUAUGUUGGUUGGGAAUAAGAAAGACCUACAUUUGGAAAGGGUGAUCAGUUAUGAAGAAGGGAAGGCGUUAGCAGAAUCUUGGAAUGCAGCUUUUUUGGAAUCUUCUGCUAAAGAGAAUCAAACGGCUGUUGAUGUGUUCAGAAGGAUAAUUUUGGAGGCAGAAAAAAUUGAUGGGGCUGCUUCACAAGGAAAGUCUUCCUGCUCGGUGAUGUAAUUCUGCUGCGGGGCCGAGGCCACUGGGACCCGUCCUGCCCGGAGACGCAAACUGCCCGUCAUCCUCGAAGAUAAACUCUGCUUCGUUUUCCUUCUGUUAACC